AUGUUAAGACCGUGGUUGGAUGACAUAACGUGUGUUACACGAGGUUCACAAUGUUCUCAUCAGAAACACAUGUUAUAUAAAUAUGCUGGGUUUAUUCAUAGCGAAAGAACAGAAGAACUUAUGAAUGAAUGUUAUGAAUUAAUCGAAGAAUCAAACAGGAAAAAUGUCAAAAUCUUGGGUGUCAAAGGCAUAGAAUUAUUGAUUUACGGUCAAUGUAGUGAACUUUUUAGUAUUCAUGCUCAUCUACAUCUCUAUCAACAAGCAAAUGCACAUAGUGGAUUGGUUUUUCACUCUAUGUUCAGUUCAGAAAGUAUAUUAAACUAUUUAUCAAAAUUUGCUUAUGAAAAUAUUGGACUUGGUGAACAAAUAGUUUACUGGUACACAAUUGAUAUACAACAGCAAGUAAAAACUUCCUAUCCUCUAUUUGAAAGAAAUGAAUUUCCUGUUGAUAAUUUGACUGAUGCUAAUUUAUUAAUUGAUUAUAAAAAAGAAUUUCGUUUAGCAUGUUUGAAGUAUUUUAGUGAUGAUAUUAUCAGUAAUAAAAAGAUAUUUUCUCGUUUUCAACGUGGUUUAGAAAUAUUUCAUUCUUUAUCAUAUAGAAAUAGACAACAAUCUGCUAGUUAUUGUGUAUCUGUUCGUAAUUUAAAUUGUUUUAAUAGCAUAAUACUGGAUAAACUUUAUCGUUUUGUUCAUUCAGCUGUGGAUGAAUAUGUUGUUUUACCAUGUUCAUUUAUCAGAAAAAAAUGCAUAUUUAUAAAUCAAGAUCUAGAUUCUCUUCUUUGUACUGAAAUAGAAUAUGAAUUAGAACAUGAUUAG